AAAAUAUAAAAUUGUGCAUUGAGUUUUGUUACACAAUUUUAUUUUCGCUGGUGAAAAGUAUCGUUGAGGUAUUAAUCAUUGUUUUUCAUUCCCAAAACUGAACUAUGAUUUUGGAAGAUCAAUUACGCUUGAAAUUAUUAGAAGUUACAAAUGCUGAGGAUUAUCGCUUAAUGUUGCGAAAUGAAGAAGAUGCUUUAUAUCCACCAUGGUUUUUCACCUAUAUAGAUAAAGAAGUAACUGCAUUUGCUUGGCCUCAAACUAGGGGUAAUAUGGAGUACCUUUGGCAAAUAGGAAUGCGACAUAUAGUAACUUUGUGCCCAGAAAAAAUACCCAAUAUAAAUGAGUCAAAAUUCAGUUGGACUUACAUACCUAUCGAAGAAUGUAGUGCUCCUGAUAUUGAACAAAUUUUCAAAUUUAUCAGAACAAUACAGAUGUGCAGAAAACAUAAAUUGCCUGUUGGCGUACACGAUCGAAUGGGUUUAGGUCGUACCGGAGUAAUGAUUGCAAUCUAUCUAAUGUAUUUCUAUGGUAUGACAGCUGACCAAGCAAUCAAAAAUUUGAGAUAUAAUCGUCCAGGUUCUUUGGAUACCCCUAUACAGGAAGAGUGUGUUAAAAAUUAUAGAAUUAAUGCCGAACAUGCAAAUAAUAUGAGAUUAAAAAAAAUCACAAAAAAAAAUAGGUAUUUUCUAAGUUUUCUUGAGGGGGAAGAUAAAAAAGGUACUUGGGGAUUACCAAAAAAAGAAUAUGUUUCAAAAUGAAGAUUUUCUCGUACAUUCAUUUGUUUUAUGAAGUUAAAUUGUGGAGAGCCUCAAAAGUCAUACAUGAGUUAUUUAAAUCACCUAGGUACACAUACGUAACUAUUGUACUCAUUGCAUCUUUCAUUUUGUUAGAUUUGUAAGCAAUUGCUUUGCUUAGAAUCAUAUUUUUCAACCAGUAAUUUUGUAUAUUUUAUCUGUGCGAUUUGUGAGUAAGUUGGAAGUUCAACAAAUCUUUCUGACUCAAAAGGCACUUCAAUUGCAAGAGAAAUUCUACAACAACCUCAAAAUUUAUUCCAAAUUCGUUCGAUAGAUAUAAAUAUAAUGACGUCAACUAAUAGCGAUAUCCCAAGAGUUUGUGCCACGUUUUGAUAAUUUUCAAUUGCAUUUCCACAGUUUUAUAAAAUAAAGGACAGUGUUCUGAAGAAGAAAGUGUAUUUAG